AUGAUUUGUGAUAUAAUUGAUAUUGCACUCCGUACACCUCAUUAAAAAGAAAGAAUUUCUUUUGCUAAUACUACAGCUUCUCCAGCUAGUUCUAGUGAUUCAUCAUUUGAAUCAAAAUAAAUUCCUAACUUAAAAAUUCCCAGACCAUUAUUAAGUCAAGAUGAAAAAUUUGAAGCAUCAUUAUGCUCUUUUGGUAUUGUGUUUUACUUAUGAGACUUUAAACUAUUUAUGCCUGAUGAAGGAAGUCUAUUUAAUUAAAAAUUACUUACAUAAGAACUAAUCGAAAUGAGAUUUAUAUUAAAUUAAGAUGAAAGACAAAUAUACUAAAAGCUACAACCUUUUUAUUACAGUUUAGAAAUUUGUGAGGAAAAUGUAGUUUUUUGUUCCUUAUUUGUAGAUACUUAAUGAUGAUAGAACUACUUUGAUGCUUAAGAAUAUUCCUAAAUACAUGAGACCAAGUGAUCUAAGGAAUCUCUUAAAUAAAGACUUUAAAUCUUUAUUUGAUUUUCUCUAUUUACCAUCUGAUAAUAAUGUAAAUAGCUAAAUGCUAUUAUUAGAAUGAAGGAAAUUUAGGUUAUGCAUUUGUUAAUUUCCUUUACCCAGAAACAGUUUUAUAAUUCUUUAAGAUAUACAAUAAUAAUAAAUGGAGUAUUAAUGAUAAAGUAGACAAAGAUAUUUAUUAUAAAAGCAAAUCUGCCAAUUGAAGUAUGCAAAAUUACAAGGGAG